AUGAACGUCUUCGACAGUGGGACAACACUUAAGUCAAUGGGAUAUGUCGAGACACCAGAAUUGUGUUACCGUGAGAUUUUACAGAAAAGACCAUCAAUGCAAGGUACCUGCUGGUUUAUCGUCUUCACGAAGGUGCUGGGAUAUUUCCUCAUCGGCAGCGCCACAAUCAGUCAAAUUCCUCAGAUUUUCAAAAUACUUCGUCGUCGGAAUGCUUCUGGAGUGAGCUUUCUCAGUAUGUUGUUGAUGUUGGAAUCGUCAUCCUCAAGUGUAGCUUACUCCUUGUCGAAGGAAUACCCAAUUAAUUCCUGGGGAGAGAACCUUGUGUUCAUGCUGCAAAAUGUGAUACUGGUUUGCCUUCUCCUGCGUUACAACCAGCGCCCUCUGGCGUCUCUCUCCUUUAUGAUUUUCUAUAUCGUUGUGAUGAUCGUCCUCAUAUUGCCUGUCAUUCCCAGUGACAUUUUAUUUUUCAUCAAUAUCGUUGGCCUACCAGCUAUUGGUGCAAGUCGGGUCAUACAAAUAUACACAAACCAUAAAAACAAAAGCUCGGGACAAUUAUCAGCUGCUUCAACGUUUCUGUGUAUAGUCCAUAGCUGUGGGCGAUUGACAACAUCAAUAGUGAUAACAAAAGACUGGAUGAUGAUCCUGACAUUUUUACAGGUUAUCGUACUGAAUACGAUACUAACAUGUCAGGUGUUAUAUUACAGACGAAAUGCAAGGCCAAAGACACAAAAUAAAGUAGCAACGUCUUAGUGUUAUUACAAAUGAACAUUAAAAUACUUA